GGAUAUGCAGGUUACCUAGGCGACGAGGCUCUAGUUAAGACGCUCUGUCCGACUGGGAACCCAGAAACCUCCGGGGCUGGUGGCCACCUAGGUGUUUGCUCCUACCGUCCCCGCGUGUGUCUCAGCGUCUCAUUCCUUCAACAAUUCAGAACUUUGCAGAAGUUUCUGGGAAAAAAUUGCCACUUUCUACCAGUAUGUCUCCCAAAGCAAACUUGUUAUGAGAAUUGGUAGACCAGUAAGAUCAAGAUGCCAGUAUAUAUCCGCAAAGGACCCCUAGAGAUCCCCACUUAUGAAGAACAGGAUUGGAUUAAGGAUGAGGAAGGUGAUUAUUUCCUCAAGGAUCCAGAUCAAAUCCUCGAUUCCCUGCCUCAGCCCUUCCGGAUGAUCAAUAAACUGGUGAACCUACUGUUUGACCGGGCAUGGGAAAUCAUUGAGGAGAGAGAAGCAACAAAGGCAGUUACAAUCAUCAAAAUCCAGCCAACUGUCUACUUACCAACUCAGAAAUUCCAGCUUUCAAGUGUACCAAAUUGCAUUGCCAUCUGUAAAGGCUUUGUGUUUCUUGGGACGUCCAGAGGACUGAGAGUCUUCAAUGCCUUGUACAAUUAUUCACGGGUUUGUAGUUGGGAUGCAAUCAAAGUUGAGAUCGUGUCCAUCUGGGCUACAGAAAUUGGGAAUGAAGUAUUUGUUGCUACUGUGGAUGAAAUGGGUGUCGUUCGUCUCUUUUAUUUUUACAAGGAUUUUCUUUUUCUAAUAAAAGCCAUCAAUGAAGUGGAUGAUAUUAGCAAGCAAACUACAUGUUUGAAUUUGCAAGUUUCUCCUGGAGGGAUUUUUAUGGCCAUGCUUCUCCAAGGAACUGGGGAUGUUUGGCUAGAAGUGUAUCGAUUGCCCAAGGACUCCUGGCUUAAGGAGAUGGAGCAACCCCAUUCGUCUUCUCUAUCAAAGAAGAAAAUUAGCCACUUGCAUAUAAAAUCCGUUGAAUCAUCAGAUCUUUCAGAUGUGGAAAAUUAUCCUAUAAAAACAGACGUUAAAUUAAGUGGUCCAGUUCAAAUAAUGAAGCUUAAACCACCCAAACCAGUUACAGGUACUCCGUUUAAAAACCCACUGGAAGUCUUUCCAAAGUUAGAAGAGGUUUAUGGGUUGGGCUCUGGGCAAAACCACAUGAUCAAAGAUAGCCAAUUGGAGCACCAGGCAGCAAUCUUUGAAGUUUUAUUUAAAAAGUAUCAGCAUUUAGAAUGCCCAGAGGGAAAUCCAAGUGUUGCAGUGUUCCAUUUUCUUCUCCCUGGACACAUAUUUAUGUUGCCAACUGAAACCAGUGUUCCCUCAGGUGUGGCCUGUGCUCUGGGUGUCCACUGGCCUGGAAAUCAUAAUUUCUUCCUCUAUUCGCUUAUCCGACCUCCAAAAGACAAAGACAAGGAAAAGGAGAAGGAGAAGGAGAAAGAGAAAGAGAAAAUUGACCCUGAUCAGAAGCCUGAUGGAGUGUGGCCAACGGCAGCACCAAUUUCCAAUUCAGCCAUCAGCCCCUGCACAUCUUACCUACUGCUGGCUUGUGAUGAUGGAGUAAUUACUUUGUGGGAUAGAGCCCAAGGAUUCCUACUUGCUGUGGUCUCCCUCCCAGAGGGGUGUUUAUGCAGAAGUAUUCACUUCAUGAAAAAUCCUGACAACACCAAGGAAUGCUCAUUCCCACCAGUCAUGGCCGCCACCAAAGUGGAGGUGCUGGUGUUGUGCACUGAUGGGUCUCUUCACCUGAUAAAAGCUGAAAGAUGCAGGGAACCCAGCAUCCGUGUGGUUGUAGAGAGACCUGUGAAGCAUCCAAAUGAAACCAUUUGUGCCUUGGCUCCCAUCUCGUUCUUACCUUCCAUGGUCCUGCUCUUUAUUUGGGAUGGAUCAGUAUAUCUCAUGGAUGUGACCAAGUCACAGAUCAUCUGCGAAUUGGGUCUCCCUCCCUCUUAUCUUUUGGGAAACCCCUGGCAGCCCGUGUUUGCAUUGUCUUCAGAGGGCCAACAUGUGUUUAUCCGGGGAGACAAACAAGAUGGUGCUAAAUAUCAGAGUGAUAGCCACUGCAUUUUCGUUUUUAAAUUGGAUUCCUACAAACAAAUAAAGGCUUCCUUAUCUAAAGAUGAAUCUUCUCACCCUUCUUCAUCAGAACCAAGCAACUCUACCCAUCAGUUGUCCUUGAAUAAGAGAUGUGAAAUUUUCCUCCAAAACCGACUUAAGAACUCUAACAAUACCCAGGACUGUGGGCCAGAAUGCUUGCUUCAACUACGAAAUAGCUCCUUACUUCUGGAGAAAGAAAGCCGUAAAAAGUGACGCGGUCAUCUGCUCCUCAGGGUCCUAUGAGAAAGGUACUACGGCUCUACAGCUCCGCGUAGAUGUCACCUAGACCGGUAUUUAUAGGUUUCGCUGUCAAGAGAUUUUUGGUUGUUUUUGUUUGUUUGUUUUUACACUUGUAUCCACCCAUUCCCAAACAGUUGAUGACUUCAGGACUGUUCAUUGCUGAAGGAAUAUGAUGUCAAAAGGCUAACACUUUAUUUAGCACGGUACCCCAGAGAUGAGGAACAGCCUUCCCAAAAUUAGCAUUAGGACAUCAGUCUGACACGACAACUAGAGGAAACUAGAGUGAAAAGACUACUUAUUGGGACUCCAACUGGUCGGUCUUUCCUCUCACACUUGUACAGAUUGAAUUGAAAAUCGGAUAGAGUCAUCCAAAU